GUUUAGCCCAAUCAGGUGCAUGGGGUUGCUUUGAUGAAUUUAACCGCAUUGAACUUCCAGUUUUAUCAGUAGCCGCUCAGCAGAUAUAUAUUGUACUUCAGUGUAAGAAAAAUAAGAAACCUCAGUUUGUUUUCACUGAUGGCGAUGUUGUUGACAUGGACAGAGAAUUUGGUAUAUUUCUGACUAUGAACCCUGGCUAUGCAGGACGACAGGAACUUCCAGAAAAUCUGAAGAUUCAGUUUCGCACAGUUGCUAUGAUGGUGCCUGACCGUAGCAUUAUUAUGCGAGUGAAGCUGGCAAGUGCUGGUUUCCGAGACAACCAAGUCCUUAGUCGAAAAUUCUAUACACUCUACAAACUCUGUGAAGAGCAGUUAUCUAAACAG